AUGGCGUUGGUCGCGUACUCAGACUCCGAAGACUCAGAAGACGAGAAAGCCCUGCCGCAACAAAAGGCUGAGACGUCUUUGAACAAGACUGCGAGCACUACGAACUCAACCUUCACUAUCGACAAGGCAAAUCCCAGAAAGAUUCAAGUCAAGCUACAAGAUACGCCCACAAACGGCAAUACUGAUGGAGAGCCUCCUGCGAAACGACCUCGAAUCGGUGGCGGUGCAGGGACAUUCAGCGGUUUCAAUGCGAUGCUUCCUGCGCCCAAACGAGAUGUCGACGCCAAAGCCCCCCCGAAGCCUGCAACGAGGAAAGUCUUCAGCCUGAAGACGGGUGCUGAGCCUGGUUUCAGCAGGGAGGCAGAUGACGAGUUGCGCAGUUUAUUUGCAGAGCAAGAGCAGCAAAGGCAUACUACAAAUCCUGACACGGAUGAGACCAUACCCUCAAUCCCGAAACACACAGCUCCUGCGACGGACGUGCCGAAGGAAAAACAAAUACAAGGAAAUCCCUUCAUGUUCAAACCACUCUCGGUGGCGAGAAACAAUAAGAAACCAAAACGGAAAGUCGACGGCCCGAAAUCGAGCAUCACGCCAGGGCAGGAUGCGGCCACAGCUCCUGUCUCGAGGGAUAUGUCUGCAACAUCCAUAGUAGCCGAGCCUGUUCCUCCCCCGAAGAAAGUCAGUCUAUUCUCCAUGGGCGGAGAGACAACGACGGUGCUACAAACCCAGGGUCAACAAGAUGAGGAUGAAAUAAUUGAGGUCCUGGACGAUGAUGUCGACGAGACCAUGCCGCCAGUGUCAUCGGAGGCCCAUGCGGACGGAUCGGCUAGUUCUCAAGCUCAAUCACUCGACUCCAUCGCGGCCGACCUGAACCUCUCAAAAGCAGACCGGCGGCAGCUGUUUGGGCGCCGUGGCCACCCAAGUGGCACUGCCGUCAACGUGGUCAACUUCAACACGGAUCAAGAAUAUGCGGCGAACGAAAUGCUACGCGCAAGCGGCGAGCAAGUGCAGCACAAUCCAGUCCGCGCCAUUGCCCCGGGCAAACAUAGCUUGAAACAGCUCGUGAAUGCCGCUACUGGGCAGAAAGAGGCACUCGAAGAGAGCUUUGCAACAGGCCGAAGGAAUAAAAAGGAAGCAGGAAGCAAGUAUGGAUGGUGA